AUGGUUACUUCCCCUCCUCGGAUGAUCGAUUGUCACGAUUAUUCUCUGCUAGGGCAUAUGUAUAUUACAUGCCCAUUACAAGCUUCGAUAUUGCUACUUCUUUUCUCUUCAUAUGUAGUCUGUCGCUAUCAUAGGCAGAUUGUCACUAACGAUAUAAUUUGCUUUCUCGUGAGGUAUCCAUUUCGUAAUUGGUCGUUCACUUUCUCCCGCUUUGUGGAGUUUAGUUAUCUCUCUCCAUUUCUCCCUCUUUCAUUCUCUCUCUCUCUCUCUCUCUCUCUCUCUCUCUCUCUCUCUCUCUCUCUCUCUAACAAACUAUCUUUUCUCACUUCAUCGAGUCUAAUAGAAACCUCAACUGCGUACUCUAGUGAAAUUCGAAAAAACUAUCUAUCUAUCUAUCUAUCUGUUCAUAUCUAUCUGAUGAUAUCUAUCAAUCUAUCUCUAUCUGUUCAUAUCUAUCUGUCUAUAUAUCUCUAUCUAUUCAUAUCUAUCUGUAUCUAUCUAUCUACCUGUCUGUUCAUAUCUAUCUAUCUCUAUCUGUUCAUAUCUACUUAUCUAUAUCUCUUCAUAUCUAUCUUUAUCUAUCUACCUAUCUGUUCAUAUCUAUCUAUCUCUAUAUGUUCAUAUCUAUCUGUCUAUCUGUCUCUACCUGUUCAUCUAUCUAUCUAUCUAUCUAUCUAUCUAUCUAUCUAUCUAUCUAUCUACAUCUGUUAA